UCUCAGGCGUGGAGCAGCGCUAGGGGGUACAAAAAUGUGAAAUUUCGUGCCGCGCAUCGUUAAUUGUGUUUUGGUUUCGGCCCGAUUAGGCAAUCCAUAAAAAGUUUUCCAGCGGCAGGGCGUGCGCGGUGUCGUAUGUCACGUGCACAUCACAGUGAUGUCACAUGACCUUUGGCACCUGCACGUCGGUAAGAAUCUUUUUUUUAAGGGCCGAGGACAUAUCCAGCUUCGGAUGUAGCUUCCGUUAGCAGUCAUCCUAUGACUCAUGAAUAAAUGGGGGAUUUCGGCGCUUUCGACCACCCACUAAAACGAAGACGGACCUCACCAGACAUGCCUGAUUACUUUACCCGCAUUACCCAGGAUCUUGGAUUCAUCCACAAGGCGCAUAUAGCGAUGUACGGCCAGUUGGCCAAGGCUUUCGCCGCGCUCAACGCGCUGAUUCCCGAUACACGAGACACUUCGUUGUUAAAGCUGGAUGUGGCAUGGGUUGCGGAGAAGUGUGCCGAUGCGGUGGAAACACUUCAAGGUCAGACCUCUGCUAUAGAGCGUGUUUCUGAGGACCCUGUAAACUAUCCCUAUGUCGCGGCCUUUGAUGAGUCCUGGCGAAAGUUUAGCCGAGAGAUCUUUCUGGAUUUUACAGCCACCAUGGAUGCCUUGUUUGAGGAUGCGACGUUUUACGACUGGAAGACAAAGAGGCCGCAACUUGUGGCCGUUGGCGAGGCAGUGCUGAAAGUGACGUUGCCAGAAUCGUUGGCCGCGAUAAGAGACGAGAGAUAUUUCACGGUGUUGCAGGCGGUGCUAGAAAAGAGACGGCAGGUGCUACUGGAGGCUGUCAUGACGUUUAUUAAUUGACUACCUGUCCAGUGUAUGCCGUGUCUGAGAGUACUAGAGGGGCCAAGGCUGGUAAUGACCAGCUGAGCAUGGUGUAUGGGUUGAACCUACGCCAUUAUGCCUAAGAGUUUGAAUCUACGCCAUUAUGCUUAACAGUUUGAAUCUGAUAGUGUCUAAAGAGAUACAUUCUUAGAGCUAACAUGGGGGUUCCCACAAAGGAAUAGAUCUUGAUACAUACGCCAUCAGAAUGGCCA